AUGGCGUUGCAUGUAAAAUUAUCUCGAGAUAUGUUCUGUUCACAUUGAAAAAUUAAAUUAUUUAUCAAAACACGCAAUAUCUUUACAUUGAUGAAUUCAUGAGAGCCAAUUUAUCAGGGAAAAUUUUAUCACACCAAAAUUAAAAAAUUUAAAAAGGAAAAAUUUUUAUUCCUAAACAUAAAAUUUUGAAUGAUUUUUACCUUUAUAUAUUUGCUUUUAAUGCAGCUUAAAUAUCAUAAUUUAUUAUAUUCACAUAUUUAUAUGCUUUCAAUUAUUAAUUUUUAUGUAUUAAAGAUCUAUAUUUUUGUUCAAAAUUGAGGCUACUUAUGAAAAUUAUUUCUGAGUUUCAAUUAAAUUUAGAAUAUAUUUUUACCAAUAAUUGUUAUGCGUUUUAUUUUAAAUAGCCCGAGAGAAUACUCAUAA